AUGUCCACAGACACAAUGUAUAUCAACAGCUCCAGGCUGUUACCUGUGCAUAGUAAAAAUAAGCCAUCCAAUAAUCUGAACAACCAUAAGAAAUUUAUUCGAGCGGAAAAGCAGAGCAGAGAGAAAAAUGAGACUGUUCCUUUGCCUCAGUCGCUACCCAACGGUGAGAAACCAAAUUUUGGUCAUUCUAAUGGUAAGAAGUCCAAGAAAAAGGGUAAAGCCAAGGAGGAUGAAUUGUCUGCAAGUUUGAAAAAUUUAGUGCUUGAUAAGUCACAGUCAACAAAGAAGGCCACCAAGAAGAAAUUAUUUUCUCCAAAGUCUAAUCAUCAAGAAUUAGAUAGUACACCUAUUGUGCAACAGCAAGCUAGUAAGACUCCUUUGACUACAUUUUUAAGCUCGCCUAUCAACACUCCAAGUUCGAUUCCAAGUCAACUACUAUCACCUCCCGUGCCCAUGGGUCCCUUUUCACCCAGUACGACUCGUCAUCCAUACCCAACGAGUCCUCCACAUAUAUUGGCGCAACCGAAUUUAAGCGGUGCUCCUCUACCACCACCUUUCCAAAUGGCAGGUUAUCCUUAUAUUCCUCAUGCCAACUAUAGUCUUGCAUCUGUUCCACCCAUCAUGCCACAACAGAUGCCUGUAAGAAAUCCAAUGUAUUUGCAACCUCAUCCUAGUCAAAAUAUUCCUAAUACUCAUACUAGCAAUAAUAUUUCUUUACCAUCGUCUUCCAGCUCCACAAUAACAUCAACAAAAUCUAAAAAAAAGCAGAACAGCAAUCAUUCGAACAGUAGAUGUUCGUCUCAUUCAUUUGCCGGUGCUUCAUUUGCAAAUGAUACACCACAGGAAUGUAACUUACCAAAACCAAGCUUUUUGUGA